AUGAGAGUCAUCGACUACGUAUUCAGCUUGCACAAAAAGCCACAUUUUUUUCACCAAGGCAUUGAUCAAUGAUCCCUCCCUCCUCCUCCUACCUUAUAAAUAUAUCAUUAGGCCUGCCAUAUCAUAAGGUCCAAAUCACAACACAUCUUUUGCUCAAUUUCUUACUUGUUCCGAAUCAUAACACAGUCAUGGCUACCAUCAAAGUCUAUGGAAGUACCUUUUCCACCGCUGCAAUGCGAGUUUUUGCUGCCCUUUAUGAGAAAGACAUCGAGUUCGAGUUGGUUCCGGUUGACAUGAGAGCUGGGGAACAUAAAAAGGCGCCAUUCAUUUCCCUCAACCCAUUUGGUCAAGUUCCAGCUUUUGAAGAUGGAAAUCUUAAGCUCUUUGAAUCAAGGGCAAUUACACAAUACAUUGCCCAUGAGUAUUUCGACAAGGGAACCCAGCUGGUGAUCCGAGACUCAAAGAAGAUGGCAAUUCUAUCAGUGUGGACGGAGGUGGAGGGUCAAAAGUUCGACCCAGCAGCCUCAAAACUGACCUGGGAGCUAGGCAUAAAGCCGCUGCUUGGCAAGCCCACAGACUCGGCAGUGGUGGAGGAAUAUGAAGCCAAGUUGGCUGCGGUUCUUGAUGUUUAUGAGGCUCGUCUGGCUCAGUCGAAAUACUUGGGAGGUGACAGCUUCACCUUGGCAGAUCUUCACCACCUUCCAACCAUAAAUUACCUGAUGGGAACACAAUCGAAGAAGCUGUUCGAAUCCCGGCCCCAUGUUAGCGCAUGGGUAGCUGAUAUCACUGCAAGGCCAGCUUGGAAUAAGGUCAUUGCCAUGCGAAGCUAGUAGUAAAAGACUGCUGUUGCUGGCUACUCAACAGUCAUGUAUCUUCAAUAAUUCCAUGUAUUUUGGCUUCAUAUAUGCCUUUGAUUUUCCUUUUCAAUAAAUAGUUGGACAAGACUCUUCUGCUGCUGCUGGUGUUGUGGUGGCAUGCCUUUGAGUUC